UGGCACUGAAAUGGUCAAUUUGAAAAAAUAGUUUGUCAUGAGUGCAUAAGGAAAGAGAAUGCAGAGGGGUCGCACAAUUGUCCAAUAUGUAAAGUUGAUGCGCCACUUCAAAGACUUAGGGUGGAUCAUCAUUGGCAAAGGAUAUUGGACAAGUCGAAUGAAAGAAAGAGAGAAAAUAGGGAAUGUGAAUUUGGAAGAAAGCAUGAUGUGAAAGCAAACAUAGCAACUGAAGCAUCUUUGCGAACUCGUGCUUCAUUGAGGAACGAAAAGCAGAAAUAUUGUAUGGAUGCAUUGACAUGGAGUAGAUGGAGGCCUAUAUCAGAGCAUGAUGAAGGAAAAGAGGCGAAUAAUCAUGUUCCAAAUAUCAGCUCAACAUUAAAUCAAUGUAGAGAGUUAAGGGCAAGACGAGGAGAACAAAAUUCAAUCAUUGCUGCCCCUAAAAGAUCAACAAAUCCAACCAAAUUUGUAAUUGAUGAAAAUGUGAAAACAUUUUGGUUUUCUCUUAUUGCUUCUCAUAACCAGAAAUGCAAGGCGCCGUUGAAGCAAAUACCAUGUAGGUACUUAAGGGUGAAGGAUGGAAACAUUACAGUUUCGUGUAUCAAGAAGUACCUCAUGCAGAAGCUUAACUUACGUAGUGAAAAUGAGGUAGAGAUUAGUUUGCAAGGACGGCUUUUGCUUCCGACAUUGGAAAUGAGGAAAUUGAUAGAUUUGUGGUUGCACACAAACACAACACCGCCAUUACAAAAGAAAACGGCAUUCCUUGGUUCCUCCGCACGAGACUUUGUCUUGACCCUAACGUAUGCUCGAAGGCCCCACUCCACUUAG